UGAGUUGGGACAUUCAGCGGUUGCCAUCUUGGUAGUUGCUCUGACGACCCCAAGUUUGUUUCUUUUCUUCUACGUAAUACAAGCAAGUAAACAAUUCAACAAGAAGAAAACUCCAAAAGUCUUCUCUUUUUCUCAGAGUCUUCUCUUGAUUUUUGCCCCCUUAUGUAAUCCCAUUUUUUUUAUUUUUUUUUUACUCUUUACACCUGUUUGAACUUUUGUCUAUACAUAUUCUUCAUUCAUUUUAGAGAAGAAAUUGUACUAAUAGUAAAUAUGGUUGUACCUUGACACCCUCCUGCAAACAUGGGUGCUCUGUUUUUACUAGUUGUUGUACUUUCUUCGUUGAUAAUAUCGAAUGUUGUUGUAUUAAUUGAGGCAAGAUUUAUCGUUGAGAAGAAUAGUAUAAGUGUUAUGUCUCCUUAUUCAUUGCACUCAAAACAUGAUGCUUCUAUUGGUAAUUUUGGUGUUCCUGAUUAUGGUGGUUCUUUAGUUGGAACUGUUGUUUAUCCUAUUAAAGGUGCCAAUGGCUGCAAAGAAUUUGAUGGUGAUAAACCCUUCAAGUCUAAGGCUCAUCGUCCUAAUAUCCUUCUUCUUGAUCGUGGAGACUGCUACUUUGCUUUGAAGGUAUGGAAUGGCCAACUAGCUGGAGCAGCUGCAGUUCUAGUUGCUGAUAGCAUAGAUGAGACUCUUAUAACUAUGGAUUCUCCUGAAGAAAGCACAGAUGCUAAUGGAUACAUCGAGAAGAUUGGAAUCCCGUCUGCAUUAAUUGAAAAGUCUUUUGGUGACACAUUGAAAGAAGCUCUUAAGAAGGGAGAGGAAGUUGUGAUUAAAAUGGAUUGGACGGAGUCAAUGCCUCACCCUGAUCAGCGAGUUGAGUAUGAGCUUUGGACUAAUAGCAACGAUGAGUGUGGGGUUCGUUGCGAUGAGCAGAUGAAUUUCAUCAAGAACUUCAAGGGGCACGCUCAGAUACUUGAAAAGGGCGGUUAUACUAUGUUCACGCCUCAUUAUAUUACUUGGUACUGUCCUGAAGCUUUCAUUCUUAGCAGCCAGUGCAAAUCUCAGUGCAUAAAUCAUGGGAGAUAUUGCGCUCCUGAUCCAGAACAGGACUUUGGGGAGGGGUACCAAGGGAGGGACGUGGUCUUUGAGAACUUGAGGCAGCUCUGUGUGCACAGAGUUGCAAACGAGAGUAGACGUUCAUGGAUUUGGUGGGACUAUGUGACGGAUUUCCAUAUCAGAUGCUCAAUGAAGCAAAAGAGAUACAGCAAAGAAUGUGCUGAGGAGGUCAUGAAAUCGCUUGAUCUACCUGUUGACAAGAUAAAGAAAUGCAUGGGCGAUCCAGAGGCUAAUGUAGAAAAUGAAGUGUUGAAGACUGAGCAAGACCUCCAGGUGGGCCGAGGACCUCGUGGUGAUGUGACAAUCUUACCGACAAUGGUCAUCAAUGAUGUUCAAUAUCGAGGAAAAUUGGAGAGGACUGCUCUUUUGAAAGCCAUAUGUGCUGGAUUUAAGGAAACAACUGAACCUUCGAUAUGUUUAAGCGGAGAUCUUGAAACGAACCAGUGUCUAGAAAGGAAUGGUGGCUGUUGGCUGGAUCCAAAAUCUAACAUAACUGCCUGCAAGGAUACAUUUAGAGGAAGAGUUUGUGAGUGCCCUUUGGUGAACGGCAUUCAGUAUAAAGGUGAUGGAUACACAUCUUGUGAAGCCGUUGGACCUGGAAGGUGUACGGUAAACAAUGGAGGAUGCUGGUCAGAAACCAGAAAUGGGCAAACAUUCUCAGCAUGUUCAGAGGGAGAACUAUCAGGCUGUAAGUGUCCAUUUGGUUUUAAAGGGGAUGGUCAUAAUGUCAAGACGUAGAUGAAUGCAAGGAAGGAAUUGUUUGUCAGUGUGAUGGCUGCAGCUGUAAGGACACAUGGGGCGGAUACGAGUGUAAGUGUAAAGGAAAUCAACUGUACAUAAUGGAGCAUGAUACUUGUAUAGAAAGACACUCAUCAAAGAUCGGAGGGGUCCUUAUGUUCUCUUUCCUAGCCAUUGCAGUGGGGGCUGGUUUAGCUGGUUACAUCUUUUACAAGUAUAGACUUCGGUCAUACAUGGACUCGGAGAUUAUGGCCAUCAUGUCACAAUACAUGCCUCUCGAUAACAACAACCAGAAUCAGGUUGUCCAUCAUGAAGCUGAACCUCUACGACAGAGCUCAGUAUGACGAAUGUUGCCUAGUGCUAAGACUGCUAACGUAUGAUUUUCCGUUCCGACGUCAUGGAUCUUGUACGAGCAGAAGAACAAAGUCAUAUUUCAGAGGAAAACUACAGUGAGCUGGUUUGCCAACUCUCUAGUCCAUAAAAACUGGCUUUUCCGUUUGUGUAUAAUAGAGUUUUGAGAUGUAAAUGCAGGAUUCAUCUGAGUUGAAAAGGUCAUAUAAAACGACAUAUACUUGCAGAAGGCAACCCAUGACUUUUUACAUUAUUCAGCAGCUGCUUCCAUCUUGAUUAUAAAUUAGUUGAAAUCGGAUCUUUUGCUUCAAUUUCACUUUA